AUGCCUGAGGACAUUCUACAGGAGGCAUUCAACGCUACCGUUUCCAGAGAUUACGAAAAAGCAGUUGGUGUGAUUCGAGAGGUGUUAUCCAACUCAACGGAUCAUUCAUUUUCUGUUGAACAACUGGAACUCAUUGAUCACGUUUAUUCGUGUAUUCUGAACACAAGUCAUUAUGACGAAUCAUUGAUUGAAGUCUGUUGGGAAUGGAUUGAUGCGAUUGAACGUAAUCCACGAACUGUUGACACUCGUGCUGUUUCGAGUUCUCAAUUGAGCAUCUAUUAUGCCUAUCAUACAAUUUGUCGUGUUCAAGAACGAAUGCCUCGAAAGGCAACCCACUCCCAAUUGAGGCAGGAGACAUGGACGAGGGUUACACAUAGUUUCAGUUAUCUGUGGGCGGCUGCCACUCAACUUUGGAAACAAUACGAGCUGGAUCGAUUGGAUAUUCUUUGUAGUUGGUCAUACUUGUGCCUCCAAUUUGCUGAUGUUGUCACUGAAGAAGUUCUGGGAGUCAUUGAGAAUGCAAAAAAUUCAACGAAAGAACUUCUUACCAAUGUGAUAAUGAUAGAAAAUGGACAUCAAGCAAAUCAACGCGUUCUUACUGUAGAACGAAACAUUCGAGAUUCGAAGGCAUUGGCUGAAAAGUUGGGAAGACGAAUGAAAGAAGUUCCAACCAAGCCGACGCCAUCUGAAAAUCUCUCUGGAGACGAAUCAAUCUCUCCUCCGAUUUCAAAAAAAUGGUGCGGAAGUGAAGGAAGAGAAAGAAGCUAA